ACGCAUUAGGAAUCAGGAGGACCGGACAAACGAUGGGGGCGAGUGGCUUGUGGCUGUGGGCAGUGGCGGCGGCGCUGCUUCUGCUAGGCGGUGGGGGCGGUGGCGCAGGCGGGGGCGGCGCGUCAGGGGUGGAGGCGGGACGUGUCCUCGGCAUCUUCUACUUUCCCGGCCGCAGCCACUUCGUCGUUAUAGAGAAGCUGCUCAAGGAGCUGGCCAAGCGGGGUGGAUGUGGUGAGCCACUUCCCUCAGGAAAAGCCUCUGCCCAACUACAGGGACUUCAGCUUGGCUGGGUCGUAUCCCAGCAUGGUCAACCUUUGGACCUUCGAGCUACUUCAGAGCUUUCAUUUCUUCAAAAUGAUGACUUGGAUCCCUUCCGGUCGUUCCUGGACGGCGCGGGCGCGGCGGGCGCGGUGCUGGUGAGCUUCGGGUCGCUGGUGCCCGGGGAGAAGUUGCCCGCCAAGCAGCUGCAGGCCUUCUUGAAGGUGCUGGGGGCGCUGCCGCAGCGCGUCGUCUGGAGGGUCAACGCCACCCGCGUGCCCGGCGGCCUCCCGCGCAACGUCAUCGGCUCC